AUGGAAUCAGGAACUGAUUUUAGUGACGAAAGUGAUGAUAUUUAUAGUCCUGAGUUAGAUAAAACCAUUGGCAAUGACGAUUCUUCCAGCGAUUCAGAGAAGACCGGAUUGAGUGACGAGAAUGGUGGCAUAUACGAUCAACCUGCACGAGGUGAGGAAGCCUCAGGCACGGUUAUUUGGAGCACACCGAAUGAGUCGUUUGUUUCCAGAAAAUCGGUUAGUAACCAUCGCGAAUGCAAAAUUGCAAUAAUGUCUAAGCUAUAUUUUGCUCCAGUUGACAAGCCUGCAGAUGCAGGAAAAACCUAUUACAUUGACGAUUUCAUGAAUUGCUUGAAAACAACUUUCAAAGCCUGCCGGGAUGAUAGUAGCUUCCAAAGUAUCGAUGAACAAAUGACUAAAUUCAAAGGGCGUUCAUCACUCAAGCAAUAUAUGCCACUCAAGCCAGUGAAACGGGGCAUCAAAAUGUGGCUUCGCUGCGAUUCUUUGACUGGAUACACCUAUGACAUGAGUAUCUAUUGUGGAAAAGAAGGAUCUGUCCUUGAAGGGACACUCGGCGAACGAGUUGUGAAUGAUCUUGCAGCAACGAUUUCUAACCCUGACGCGACACUUUGCUUUGAUCGUUUUUUCACCACUGUUAAUCUUAUUAACAACAUACAAUAUCCAGCUUUGGGAACAUGCAUGUCCAACCGGAAGAGUGUUCCGAAAAUACCAGAAAAAUUGCAGCGAGGCGAAGCUAUUUUCAAAGUUAAUUCGGCGGGUACCAUAGCGGUAAAGUGGCAGGACGUCAAAGAGGUAAUGCUGCUCAGUAACUGCCACACAUCUGAAAUGAGCACUGUUAGACGCAAAAUGAAAGAUGGAACUGAGGCAGAGUUUCCAUGCCCUGACAUCGUAAAGACGUACCGCGCAAUAAUGGGCGGUGUGGACUUGGCAGAUCAAAAGUCGGGAUUGUAUGAUAUAAACAGAAAAUCAAAUAAAUGGUGGAAAAAAGUAUUUUAUCGUGGCAUGAUGAUCAAUGACAAAUGUGGGGGGGGGAUCAUUUACCCAUAG